AGCCCCGGCCCCGGCCCCUGCAGCCGCAGAGAUGUUGAUGCCUAAGAAGAACCGGAUUGCCAUUUAUGAACUCCUUUUUAAGGAGGGAGUCAUGGUGACCAAGAAGGAUGUCCACAUGCCUAAGCACCUGGAGCUGGCAGACAAGAAUGUGCCCAACCUUCAUGUCAUGAAGGCCAUGCAGUCUCUCAAGUCCCGAGGCUAUGUGAAGGAACAGUUUGCCUGGAGACAUUUCUACUGGUACCUUACCAAUGAGGGUAUCCAGUAUCUCCAUGAUUACCUUCAUCUGCCCCUGGAGAUUGUGCCUGUCACCCUACACCGUAGCCAUCCAGAGACUGGCAGGCCUCGGCCUAAAGGUCUGGAGGGUGAGCAACCUGCGAGACUCACAAGAGGGGAAGCUGAGAGAGAUACCUACAGACGGAGUGCUGUGCCACCUGGUGCUGACAAGAAAGCCGAGUCUGGGGCUGGGUCAGCAACCGAAUUCCAGUUUAGAGGUGGAUUUGGCUGUGGACGUAGUCAGCUACCUCAGUAAAAUUGGAGAGGA